AUGAAUAAUUCAAUUGUGAGCAUUAUUGAUUUAUCCGACGAAAUUUUACUUACUAUUUUCAAAAAACUUGAUAAUUUCGAUGUGUUGUAUUCGCUGGUGGGUGUUAAUAAAAAACUCGAUAAUGUAGCAUGCGAUAUUGAUUUCACUCGAUCUGUUGAUUUAAUGACGAUAUCAUUAAAUGGAGUGGCCGAUCCGGGAACUAAUGCAAUACUUGAUCGAUUUUGUAUGCAUAUAUUACCUCACAUUCAUAACAAGGUGGAAUGUCUUACAGUUGAAGCAUGUUUCUUGCAUCGUGUUAUUCAUGCUGGCAAUUAUCUUAACUUACGCAAGCUCACUCUCGUCAAUCUUCAACUCAGUGUGGCUUCUCAUAUCUUCAAUGAAAAGUCUCCAUUUAUUAACAUCUUCCAACACCAAAUUUCAGAUCUAGCUGUAACAAUUAGUGACGCAUUGUCGAAUGUAUCAAUGAAGAAAUCACUAAUUGCUGUUUAUGAUAGUAUUUUUGUCUUAUUAACAGAUCUGAAGUCUUUGGAAUUUCAUCUAAAUGACAUUUAUCCAUUUCGGGGACCAUUGCUGACCGGUUUAUCUUCUACUAAAUGUUUCUCAUCGAGCAUCGUUUAUUUACGUAUCAAAAUGCACAAUAUUGACGAUUGUCUUUAUCUACUUGAUGGCCGUCUUAGUCAUUUACGUACAUUUAUUGUCAAUCUUGAUUAUAUACAUGAGCCAACAAAUAUCGGAUUCAAUCCAACGAUCAUACCUCGUUCAUUAAAGAUUAUAAAUAAUGCGGUAAAGAACUACAUACAAUAG